UGAGUGGGCGUGGCCGGCAGCCAGAGCGAGGCCUGUAACGCUAAUGUCCUGUUGCGACUGCUGUGUGAAGCGGAGGAGGAGGGACACCGGUGCGGACCAACAUGGCGGCCGUGGGGUUGUUGAAACGGGUCUUCAGUGUAGUGCUAUUUCUCUCGCAACUAUACGUGUUCUCCGGCCGCGGAUCUUUGAGCUUUGAGCACUUCCAAGCAGCAGCGCAGGCCCUAAAAGACCAACACCCAUCUUCCACAAUUCUUCCAAGCAUCGAAGCAGUUGAACUCACAGCCACACCCCAAUAUCUAUCCAAAUGUCCAAGCAAUGGGCUUUGCAGCAAAUUACCUGCGGAGUGUAUGACAUGUACUACAAAUUACUCCUGUACGUAUGGCAAACAUGUCACUUUUGACUGUAACACCAAACCUCAGGUCAUGUGUUUGGAUGACAACCACCAACAGCAGGAGAAUUUCACUAUCAAUAUAACCUGUCAGUUUUGCUGGCAGCUUCCUCCAUCGGAAUAUGAGUGUAGCAAAUCUAAUUCCAGCAUCUGCAUGACUGUGUCCUGCCCGCGACAGCGUUAUAAUGCCACCUGUACAGUUAAGGAUCAUGUUCACUGUUUGGGUAACCGUGUGUUUCCUAAGAUGCUGUAUUGUAAUUGGACAGGAGGCUACAAGUGGUCCACAGCACUUGCUCUGAGCAUUACCCUUGGAGGGUUUGGUGCUGACCGCUUUUACUUGGGCCAGUGGCGAGAAGGACUAGGAAAGCUCUUCAGCUUCGGAGGACUGGGAAUUUGGACUCUAAUAGAUGUAUUUUUAAUUUGUGUUGGCUACGUGGGGCCUGCAGAUGGUUCUCUUUAUAUUUAAUCAUUUGCUGGCACAAAAGAACAAGCCUUAGCUUUUCAGAACAUUUAAGCUUCAGUUUGUUUUGUUUGUUUAUUUUCUGUAAUGUACGGUAUCUGUACUUAAUAUGCCUUUUCAUUAAGGUCAACUACGUUCAAUACACUUUAACACUUGUUACUUUUGUUACCAACCAUCUUUUUAUUAUUUCUAUGAAAAAGACAAUUUGCUUUAUAUAGGUAUUAAGUUAUGUCCAUUUUGCUUAAUGAUAAUAAAGCCGUUUGCUUUUCUGAAUGUGAUGGGUUUGUGUGCUGACAUAACUAUGUAACAUGACUACAAGCUGCCACCACCUACAGUAAGUGAUUGCAGCCUUAGGGGUAUAUGCAAUUCCGGGCGAAUUGCUGCACUUUUUCGGCCGUUUUUAAAUUCGACACAAUUCGACCGUCGAAUUCCGGCAGGUGGGUGCCGGAAUUCGACAUAUUCAAUAAAAAAUGGAUUCGACAGUCCCGCUGUCGGAAAAAAAAACGGCCGAAUUGACGGAUUUUGAUUAGAUUUUUAAAAAUGUUAAAAAAAACUGUAAGAAACCCGAAAAAAAAUUGCGUGGGGUCCCCCCUCCUAAGCAUAACCAGCCU